GUUAUGUUUUUUGUUUUUCCUUAAAUUUCGCUAAUCAUUGUCUUAAAAGUACGUUAAUUUUUUCAAGUUCAAACGAAAAUCUUGAAAGUCAAUAUAAACAUAAAUUGAAAACGAUUAGUUAUACUAUUAAUUUCAUAUGUGCUUGUGAUGGAAUCUAAUAAAAGUGUAAUUGUUUUGGCACCUAAUGGACGUAGACAAACAGUGAAAGUUACUCCGAAUACAACAAUAUUACAAAUAAUAGAAGAAGUCUGUAGAAAACAGGGCUAUGAAGCUAUUGAGUAUGACAUUAAACAUCACAGAAAAAUUCUUGAUAGUACAUGUGAUGUUCGUUUUUCUGGCCUUCCAAACAAUGCCCAGUUGGAAUUAGUUAAAGCACAAAAAGUAAGAUCAGAAAGCCCAGUCAUAAUAGGAAUUCAAAUGGAAGAUGGAGCCCGUAUUACAGGCGAAUUUCAACCCAACAACACAAUAAUGGAUAUUCUAAAAGAACUGUGCCCAGAACAUAUAAAUCCAGAUACACAUCCUGUUGUCAUUUAUACAAGAAGGGAGAUUUAUGGACUGCAAGCUCUUCAAACUACUACUCUUAAGCAGUUAGGAUUGACCGGUGGCAGAGCAAUUUUGAGACUAAUACACAGGUCACCAGAGCAAUUAAAAACACAAGCAAAUAUAUCUGCCCCAUUACUACACACCACAAAAGUAGCAGAGGAGGAACAUUAUGUAAAAAAACGAAAUAUUUCAGACAUUUCACCUCCAAGAACUGAGUUCCAUGAAAAUAAAGACAAACAAGCAACAACAUUACCCCAACCACUGCCCAUGCCAAGACCUGAUGAUAAAAUCAAACCAAAAGAUGUUGUAAAUUUGAUAAAGCAAGAAAAAGAGAAGCAGCAUAGCAUACAAGAUUCUUCUAGGAAACAUCAUGAUAUCUCGCCCAGUCUCACAUCUGGGGAGAGAUAUCAUGGUCAUGCAUUUGAAAAUUAUAAAAAUACUACAGAAAAUAAAACAUUUAAAUCAAAUUUAAACUCAACAAUCCCAUCCAAUCAAAUAGAAAGAAUGGAUAUUGAACCAGGUGCUUCUAAUGAUAGAACAAUGGAUGAAGAUUUUGUUUUUCUCGGUGACAGAAAUGCCAUAGCUUUUUCCCAGGAGAUGGCUCAAGCAGUUCGAUCAGAAGACUUGCCUGAUGAUUUCUUCGAUCUGACAAUAACGGACGCAAAAAAAUUGAUAAGGGACAUAAAAAGAACAAGAAUGGAACUGGAAAAUAAAUACUUGGAAACGAAAGCGAUGCGAUCGCUCAGAGAGUCGCAAAAACAGUUAACGGCUCUUCACAAAUAUAAACAGGCGAUUAUCAGGGUUGUUUUUCCAGAUCAUACCGUUCUGCAAGGAACGUUCACCCCCACGGAGACCAUCGCUCAUGUUACAGACUUUGUACGAGACUACCUCGAAGACAAGUCUAUACACUUUUAUCUGUACACUACACCACCCAAACAGGUCCUUCAUAAAGAAAGUAGACUGAUAGAAACAGGUUGUGUUCCAAGUGCCAUUGUUUAUUUUGGAACUGAAACCCCCAGACAAGAUGGAAAAUAUUUGAAAAGGAAUGUUCUAUGCAGAUUGAUAUCGCCAUCGAAGGCAAGUACUGCUACCGAAAAGAUGAGAAAAGAAUCAAUACGUGCGAUACCCGAAGAAGGAUUAACAGAUAGCACUUCCGCCGAAGAUAUCAUCAGCUUUGGCCCCAGCACCAGCUCUGGUGUUCAGAACUAUACAGACUAUCCACCGCGUUCUCCUAAGCCUCUCCAAAAAACUCCGAAAUGGUUUAAAAUUGCAAAAUGACCUGUUGCAAUCUUUUCUAUUGUGAUUACUAAUAUAAUUAAAACGUCGUUGUCUGUGAAACGUGA